AUGGAGCCCUCUUUCCAAGGGAACCAGUUCUUCCCUGGUACAGCUGCCUACAAGCGUGCCAAUAACAUCUACGCGACCUCCACCUACGGCGCAAGUCGCGACAUGAACCCCUCAGAGAUCCUUCAGCCUUCUAGCAUCGAGGACAUUCAAGAGGUCGUCAAAGCUGCUGCCAGAAUGGGCAAGCCCCUCGCCAUCAGAUCCGGAGGUCAUCAGUACAGUGGUGCAUCUUCAACUGACUCUCGGGGUAUUCAGUUGGACUUGAAGCCUACUUUCCGUCGUCCUAAUGUUGAUCUCAAUAUCCUGAGGGAAAAUGGCAAGGUUUACCUUCGCUCUAGUGUCAGCUGGCAACUGACCGAGAUCUUUGACUUUCUGAAGGACAAUGGUGUCUUUAUGCCGACUGGUCAGUGCUCUACCGUCUGUCUUGGUGGACAUGUUCAGACUGGCGGUUACGGCAUGCUUGCACGAUCGUUCGGUCUUCUCGGAGAUUAUGUCCGUGAGCUCGAGAUUGUCGACUACAAAGGUGACGUAGUCAAGGUCACAAAGGACUGUCACCCAGAUCUUUUCUACGGUUUUCUCGGAGGCAGCCCCGGCAACCUCGGUGUCUUGACGCACUUCAAGAUCGAAGUUCAAGAUGACAAGAACUACCAGGGUUCCAAGGGCAUGUGGGUUGGCUUCGGCUAUUCGGAGAAGACACUCAAGACUCUCCUGGAUAUCCUUGUACAGAAGGGAGAAGAUCCAAAGUUCCCUCGUGGUUAUGACUUCACGGUCAAUAUUGUCAGUAGACAAGCCAAUUUGCUAGAUCUUUUCCCUGGUUCUGAAGAUGAGCUCAAACAGAAGCUGCCAGACGAUAUCCACGACGGAAAGGACAACAUUGCCGAUCUACUUAAGUUUAAGUACGCCAUGGUUGUCGUCUACGCACAAUGGGUCAAUCUCAACGAGGAGCCAUAUUCACCCGACCUCUUCAACCAAAUCAAGAGCGUGCCAAAUGAUUUCAAGAUUGUCAAGGAAGCUCCCGAGGGUACUCCAAUGUCUGCUAUCGCCGCCAUGUGGCUGUUCGGAAGCCCUCGCGAGUUUCCUUACCCUUACGACAAGCGCACCAACAGCACCACAUCAACUGAGCUCUCCAAGACAGGCUGGUCAUCUUGGUUCUCCGGCCGUAUUAACGAGGUGAUUAAAGACAAGCACAAUGGACUCUGGGUCUCAUCUCAACUGCAAGUCUACGGCGGCGAGCAAUCCAUGUUUCAGAGAAACGCAGGCAAUGGCACAGCCUACUGUUUCCGAGAUGCCAACUUUGGCGGAACUUGGGAUGUUUUCUACCAGGGUACGAAGGACGCAGCUGAGAAGUGGCAGGCGGUGAAUGAUGAGGGCAGAGCGAAGUACUUUAGCAAGGAAGAUCGGCGUGUUCUUUGGGGAUCUUAUGGAGAUUGGAACAUGAAGGAUGUUUGGCAGUUCUACUACGAUCCUGAGACGUAUAAGAAGGUGCAGAAGAUUAGGCAGACCUACGAUCCGAAGGGGACUUUUACUGCGAACCCUUUCUGCGUGGAGGCUUCGAAGUAG